UCCCCACGAGAACAACAGUCCCCACAAGGACAACAGUCCCAAGGACAGCAGUCCCCACGAUCCCAAGGACAAACAGUCCCCAUGAUCCUAAGGGCAACAGUCCCCACGAGGACAAUUCCCACAAGGACAAGAAGAU